GCUUCUUCCCAUCCCACUGCCCCCAUUCUUUGUGUCACUUAAUUCCUUCUUCCUUCUUUUUUUAUGUUCCUCCAGCUCCUCCUCCCAGCCUCUCCUUUUCCUUCACCUCACUCUGCUCCUGUAGGCAGCUGAUACAAGGUGCAACAGGGACCUCCCAUUACCAGCAAAACCAUUUCUGAUGCAGAGCAGGAGGCAGAGAGAACAGAAGCCAAGAGAGCCGAGCAGCCAUGGCCUCAGUGACACCUGUAGAGGAAAUUCAAGAUGAAAUCAAAUGUCCCAUCUGCCUGAAGUAUCUGACAGACCCAGUGUCCAUACACUGUGGGCAUAACUUCUGCCGAGUCUGCAUCACUCAGUACUAUGAGACAUGGGCAAAGGGGGACUAUGACCCUGUGUGCUGCCCCAACUGCAGAGCCCUCAUCCAGAAAGGGUCUCUCCGGCCCAACUGGCAGCUAGCGAAUAUAGUCGACAAAAUUAAACACAUGGAUUUAAAACCAGGAAAAGAGAAACUGUGUAAGAGACACAAUAAAACCCUGGAUCUGUUCUGUGAAGAGGACGGGGAAGCCUUGUGUGUGGUUUGUGAGCGAUCCCCAGAGCAUGGUGCUCACACAAUGAUUCUCAUGGAGGAGGCUGCCCAGAAAUACAAGGAAAAGAUCCAGGCCCAUUUGGAGAGUCUGAGGGAAGAGAGAGAAAAGCUGCUGGGAUUUAAAGAGACUGGAGAGGGAAAAAGUCAGACGUAUCUGAUUCAGACACAAACCGAGAGGCAGAAGAUUGUAUCUGAAUUUCAGCAACUGCAACAGUUCCUGCAGAAACAAGAGCGACUCCUGCUGGCCAGGCUAGAAAACCUGGAAAAGGAGAUUUUGAAGAUACAGAAUGACAAUGUCACUAAACUCUCUGAGGAGAUUUCCUGUCUCAGUGACCAAAUCAGUGAGCUGGAGGGGAAGUGUCAGAAGCCGGCAAAUGAAUUCCUGCAGGAUUUCAGAAGCACCUUGAGCAGGUGUGAGAAGGGGAAGUUCCAGCAGCCAGUGGAGAUUUCUCCUGAGCUGGAAAAGAGACUCAGUGAUUUCUCCCAGAAAAAUAUUGCUGUAGCGGAGACUCUGAGAAAGUUCAAAGACACUCUGGGCUGCAAACUGGAGACAGAAAGAGGGGAAUUACUACGAUCCUUCAGACCAGUAAAUGUGACUCUAGAUCCAGACACGGCUCAUCCCGUCCUAGUCCUGUCUGAUGAUCAGAAAAGUGUGAGAUGGGGAGACACACGGCAAGAUCUACCAGACAAUCCUGAGAGAUUUGACACUGAGCUCUGUGUGCUGGGCUGUGAGGGGUUCACCUCAGGGAAACAUUCCUGGGAGGUGGAGGUGGAGGAUGAGGGACACUGGGCUGUGGGAGUCGUCAGAGAAUCUGUAAGGAGAAAGGGAGGGAUCAGCCGUAACCCUCAGGGGGGGAUCUGGGCUGUGGGGCAGUGGGGGGAUCAGUUCAAAGCUCUCACAUCUAUGGAGACCCCACUGCCCCUGAGCUGGGUCCCCAAAAGGAUCCAGGUUUUUCUAGACUAUGAGAAGGGGCAGGUGACAUUUUUUGAUGUUGAUAAGGAGGCCCCAAUCUUCACUUUCCCACCAGCCUCCUUCACUGGGGAGAGAAUCCGUCCCUGGCUCUGGGUAUGGGGAUCCCAGCUCAGAAUAUUUCAGUUACAGGGGGAAUAGCCAUUGGGGACCCUGAAAUCAUCCUCUUUAGCCUCACACACCCUAGUUACCAUGACCCUGGAGGACUUCUCUCUUCCUCAAGACUUUCUGCAAUGCAGUCUCAAGGACCCUGGAUGCUCCAUGGGCUCUCAGGUCUGGACUGUCAAACCACAGGGAUCAGGGAGAAGCCAAUCUCAUCACCCCAGAGAUUGUCCAAUCUGUUUCUCAUUGUUCUCUAUGGUCCAGGAGGAUUCUGGGGAUCCUGGGUCACCGAGUAUCACGGAAACGUGGGAGACUAGGCCAAUGGAAAUGAAAAAAUAGGCUUUUCUAGCCACAGUCAUCCUAGUGUCUGUGACCUUGGAGGACUGUCAUCUAACUAACCCCUCACUCAUCUCUCUGACUGUGGAGCAGUCCUCCCAAACCUCAUCUCCCUGCCAGGAGCAAAAGAGAUGGGAAGGGUGUGUGUGAAAAACUCUUCUAGCUGCAGAAGGAGUAGAUAUACGAGGAGGGGAAGGGGUAGAUUGUCAGUAAAGGGAGAAGCCUGAGGAAAGUGGCGGAAAAUGAAAUGAAGAGUGAAAGCAAAACAAUCCUGAGAAGGGAAAAUGCUCAGAGGACACAGAAAGAGGAUAGGAAAAACUCAGGGGAGAGAACUGGGAACCUGAGGUGGAAUGAUCUGUGAAUGUGACUAGAGAAGAACUAAGGAGACACAGAGAAAUGGAUGGAAAACGUGCUAUAAAAAACGAUGUGUAGAACUGGAUAGAAAAGGAGUGAAGAAAAGAGAACACAAGAGGGAUGUGAAGAUUUAUAAAAUGGUGCUGAAAUUCAGACUGGUUAUGAAAAUUCCUUCUCAGCAACUUUUGAGCCUGACAUUUACUUAAGAGAAACAAAGCAUAUUUUUUCCUUGUUUAUUUCCUUUUUAUUUCCCAGUUGUAAUUUUGAAGGCAGACAUGGGAUUCCC